UUCCCCUUCAGAAGCAACAAACCCUCUCAGCCAAUAUCCAGGAAAUUCACUCAGCGAGAAGCAGCACAUGGAAAUGGAGGACCAAAUGGAAAGCCAGAAGAGAAGAGGAGCGAGCAAUGAUAACCUGAUAUCUGAUAGGCCUGUCGGAUCUGUGGGAUGCAUCGGCUGGUUUCUGAUGAUUCUCUCAAGCCUUUUCAUUUUCGUAACCUUCCCGGUCACACUCUGGUUUUGUUUUAAGGUUGUCCAGGAGUACGAGCGGGCCGUCAUCUUCAGGCUUGGUCGCAUUACAGACCGAAAGGCAAAAGGACCAGGAAUGUUCUUCAUUAUACCAUGCACCGAUUCUAUUGUGAAAGUGGAUCUGAGGACUGUGUCAUUUGACAUUCCACCGCAAGAGAUUCUCACUAAAGAUUCAGUCACUAUUUGUGUGGAUGGCGUGGUUUACUUCCGAGUUAGUGACCCUAUUGCCUCUGUGGCCAACGUAUCUAACGCUGACUACUCCACUCGACUGCUGGCACAAACCACCCUCAGGAAUGUUCUCGGCACCAAGAACCUUGCUGAGGUCUUGUCUGAUCGUGAGGGCAUCGCUCACAGCAUGCAGUCAAGCCUGGAUGAAGCCACAGACGAUUGGGGCAUCAAGGUGGAGCGUGUGGAGAUCAAAGAUGUGAAGCUGCCUCAUCAGCUGCAGAGGGCCAUGGCAGCUGAAGCUGAAGCAGCACGAGAAGCCAGGGCUAAGGUGAUUGCAGCAGAAGGUGAAAUGAAUGCCUCCCGUGCCCUGAAGGAGGCGUCCCUCGUGAUUGCAGAGUCUCCAUCAGCACUGCAGCUCCGCUACUUGCAAACUCUCAAUACCAUCGCAGCAGAGAAGAACUCCACUAUCAUCUUCCCACUGCCUAUGGAUGUGAUAUCACACUUUAUGCGUAAAUGAAGGCACUAAAUCAUCUUUUGCAUUCUAAAGAAGGGGAAUUGAAUCCAAAGCUAAUGUUCCAAUGCUUUAUGCUACUGUAGGCCUCGAUCAAACAAGGCUCUUCUUAGGUGUGUGAUUUGAAUCGAAUGUCGAAUAGCAGUUUGAUAUUGUAUAUAAUUAUGUGCGUAUAUCAAUAUCGAUAUACGCAAUUUAUUAUUUAAAAAACAAAUGAAAAAAUCUCAAGAACAAUUUGUAAAAAAAUCUUGAAAAGCUUCUCCUGUGUCUUGAUUCUGAAAUCAUUGCAUCCACUUUGCCACUUUACAUGCCAAAUAAAAGCUAUUGCAAAACAUUUGUUGUGAAAAGAGAUUUAUUGGUGUCAGGAACAAUUUAUUAAGAUCCCAUAAUUUAAAAGUGAAACCAGGAAACUUUUUUCUAGAAGUAAAAAUCUGAAAAAUGAGGCAUGCUUUUAUAUUCAGGCCCUUUUACAUUUGAUCAAAGUUCAGAGCAACUGACCUUCACAAUUCAUCAAAAUAUAAAAAAGAAUCCACCUUUGUGUAAUUAAAUGUACGCAUGUGAAGGCUUCAAAUGGUUGGUCAAGUACCACCGUGAACUGACAGCAUCAUGAAGACUAAGAUGUGCUAUAGACAGUUCAGGGAUGACUGUAUUUGUCAAAAAGCAGUUUUGUUAUUAAACAAAAUCCAGAGCAAAUAACAUUCGACAUAUAAUUGCUUAAUGUUUGGUGGAUAAGCCAGAUAAGGUGCACAUUAGAAGAGUGUUAGACAGUCCAUGUUGUUAGAUGUUUUCCAUAGGGGUUUGAAACUCCAUUAAACGCACCACACCUGCAUGUGAGAUGGCUGAAAUUUUUUUCCUACUCAUGCAGCAGUGUACAGCUCAUUAUCUCCCGUUUUGUCCUAACAUUCUUCCUUUAUAUGUGUUUACCUACUGGACUUAAUGUGUGUACAUGUCAGAAGAAUC